AUGGGAGUACACCGGCGAUGGCUGAAAGCACUUUUAUGGGCAGCUGUUGCGUUGCUACAAUGUUGGGAACAGCCCUUAUUUGCACUGGCUGAGCAGAUGGUUGUAAAUACCUAUAUUCGCAUCGAUUCAGCGCAAGCAACUUCCUUUUUCCCAAGCAUUGGGCAGGGAGGACACAGGGAAUUCUCCCCAGAGAAAGCGCUCAGCCGUGGAUCCGGUUACUGGUGUUCUGAAGGAAACCACGGAAAACAAGAUGUCGUUUCAUGGACAGGGCGAAUCAAAACCCGACGUCUAGUGGAAGGUAUAGAAAUUAAUUGGGCAUAUGCUCCUGGAAAAGCGCAGUUCCACCAAGUUCUCACAUUUCCCCACGCCGUAUACUUAAAGGCCAUUCGUAUUAUGAUGAAGGAUCCGCAGAGUCAGUAUUUUGGGAUUAGCCUAGUGCAGCUACUUGGCGGGGGGUUCCCUGUCCUUCGCAUUCAAAGCGGCAUUACCAGUCCCCAUCAGGACUUGUGCGUUCAAAGCGAUGAACGAGGAGAUAUUGUUCUUGAUGGCUGUUUGAUGUCAACUGCAAUCGCAGACGAGCGUGCGCUUUGGCAGUUUACCGAACAAGUGCUGGGUGUCUGCAUGGUUUUGAAGGACAAUAACGUCCAGGACGGGGGCCAAGUUGUGACAGGCGACUGCACAGCAGAAUACAACUUCCAAGACGGAAGGAGCGUAUGGGAGCUGCAGCCGAAUAACCAGCUAAAACUCCUCCGAGGAGGGAACUACUGUCUGUCGCAGACGGGCAGCAAAGCUGGGAGUACAGAUGUAGCAAAGGAUGCCGAAGUGCGGAGCACUCAUUCUCGAGCGGCUGACGACGAGCACGGACCAUCUGCGGCCGUUGAUGGAAAUGCAGACACAUUUUGGGCUUCCCCGGAAUUUCCGAAAGACGCGGUUCCGGAGUUUGUUCACUUUGAUGUGGACCUGGGAGACAAAUACAAGCUGAGAACUACAGAUAUUGACUGGGAGUUUCCUCCCCUAAGCUACACAAUUGCACUAAGCAACGAUGGCGCAAACUAUGUGGAUGUGUCCCGAACCGACGUGAAUGCGGCAUACACAACGAUGGAUGACAUGAAGGCUGUUAUCGCUCGGUUCUUGCGGGUUCGGAUGGAACGGGCACAUCCAAUUCUAGGCGUUUCAAAUGACAAGCUUGUCUACGGCAUCAAAACACUUUCCGUCUACAGCAAUAGGCUUCGUUCCAUUGUGGAGCCUUGCUCAAAAGCAAAGGCUUCAAGUGACGCUCGGGACAAGUUCUUUCUUGAAUUGGUAUCAGAGGUGGAUUUGUCUGCCGGUAUGGAGCUGCAACGGGCAGGAAAAGCAGCCAAUGCUUUGAGCAUGUCCAUGGCGAAGAGUUUAUCCGCAGUAGAUGAAAUAAUGCAACCAGCGAAAACAUGCCUGGGAGCGAAGAAAGCAGAAACUAUCAAGCUCGCAACAAUCGAGACAGAGAUUGCGGACACGAUGAGUGCUAUAGCGCGGUUCGAUAGCGAGCUACAAUCUCCUAGUGGCGACGUGGAUUUAAGCAGUCUGCCUGGGUUGACUCAGCAGCAUGCGAUUGAGGAUUGUUACGCGCUGAAAAGCGCAUCUAACAAGUCAACAUCAGGUUUUUAUUGGGUGCUACCGCUCUGUGCGUCCAAGCCGCUGAGGGCCUACUGCGACCUUUCAUCUGGUGGUACAUAUGUCACAAUUCCAGACAACGAUGGCAUAGUGACUGUCCGUGAUGCCGUAUCUGCAUGCAGCAAAUUGGGACUUGAGCCUGUCCACUUGAAGAGUAAUCGGCAAAUCGAAGCGCUGCAGCGAAUGUUAGAUAUUAUGGAAAUGGAUCUAACAAAUCCAGUGCCAGUUGCAGUGAACAAUGGGGCGAACGUUUUCUACUCUCUCGAUUUCAAGAAAGAUGUCACUGAAUUUAUUGUGGAAGCACAAAAAAAUGGAGGACUCAUCGGAAACACUGUUGGAAUAUCGCCGACAGGAUUGAUAUUCUUUGACGCUUCAAACACCGACAUGUCCACAAUCAUCUGCUCAACAAACACCGAUGCAUGGAAUCCACCGCAGUCCUACACUGAUGUGACAUGCACUACUGCAGUCCAAGGAAAUGCGUUAUUUGAUGGACCGCAGGGUAGCACAUUCUUUAUUAGGUGUCCAGAAGGUUGCAUUCACUACGUUGACGAGGCAAAACUGGUUGGGGGAGAAACCGGCGUGUACACUGAUGAUAGUUCAAUUUGCAUUGCAGCGAUUCAUUCAGGACUGCUCAGCAGAGGGGGAGAUGUUGCAAUUAGAAUCGUAGCAGCUCCGCAUGAAUUUGAGGGCAGCGAAAAGAACGGCGUUGUCUCUAGCAGCUUGCUUGGUGUGCAGCGGGAAAGAGCUUUCACGCUGGAGUCAGCUGCGCGGCAGUGUCCAACAGAAAAAAGCCCUUCCACAAGUUUCCUAGAAUUGCAUGCAUCGCCCCUAGAGGCUGCGGCACCAACAUCAGCUGCACCGCAGCAUCUCCCUAACUCACCAACAGCAGCACCAAACACGACAGGCACCAAUAUCGGAAUCGCGAGUAGCGCUUUGCCCACUGCUGGUCCUUCUGCAGCAGCCGCUGCUCCUACAACUGCGCAAAGUGGACCUAGCCCACCGCACCCUCCAGGAGCGAGCGAAGAGCUCAACGAAGCUACAACAUUGGCCGUAAACCAGCUAUCUACAAUAUUGUCACAGCAGCUAGGGGGAUUCGACAGUGAGGUAAUGGACCAUGUGCGCCUCUCAGCUACCAAGGCGAUAUCAGGGACGAGGGCUACUCUCAAGCCUGCUGAACUUGUGGAAACACGGCUAGAGCUUACAUCGAAAGGAACUUUGACACAAAUUGAGCAUCUGGAAGAGCACUUGAAAAAUUUAUCAGGAAAGAUCUCUCAGGCGCUAGAAAAGAGUACAAAAGAAGUAAAAGAAGCUCUCCAAAAGCGAGCAGAGCAGUCUGCCGCAGAUGAAUGGAACAUAGACAUUGUAAAAAAUGCAGAAAAAUCUGAUGUGUUCCACACAUUUGAAUCCAAACUGGCAGUUGGGAAUAGCAAGUGGAAGAUUGGUCCCCCACCUGCAGGAAAACGAGAGAACCACCACAGUUUAUGCCAGUUGUCUGCUGUCUCUCCAACCAUCCCCGGCAGCACUGGCACAGGGACGUACGCGAUUUUGAAGGACAAGAAUUACUAUGACUUCGUGCUUUCGGGAGAUAUACUUGUAUCUGGUUCGGGGUCGGUGGGCAUUGCCUUUCGCCAAGCGAAUGGCGGAACCAAGCGGCUAUUGCGAGUUGUGAACGGCGUUCCAACAGAAGCGGCAAGGAUCGAUGAUGGCGGCUUUGUUGAAGGACAGUGGUAUCACGUAGAGAUUAUUGCCCAGCUGCAAAGAAUUCAGAUACGCGUUUCUGAGGUUUCGGAGGAGGCGUCUGUUGAAGCACCAGAGACAGACAUUGACCUUCUAGAUGGUUCCUUUAUGUCGGGUUCUGUCGGCUUUUACACAAGCACAGUAAACUCGGCGUGUUUUGAUAGGCUUAGCAUUAAGCCGUUGCCCUGUAUUGGUGGCAACGACAAACCCUUGUUGCCACCGUAUCCGCCUCAAUGCAGCAAUUACAGAGAAUCAUUCGUGGGACGUAUAAGCGAUGAGUGGACGGCUUUUGAUCCUGAGGCAGCAGACGUUCCGUCUCACUGGAAAUACGCAAUGGAUAUUGGAGGAGAGCAUGCUACUAUUGCCCAGAUGUCGAAUAUAGGAGGCAUCAAAAAUAAGGCACCCGCAAUUCUGGCUCUCGCACGCCAUCGUUCAUGCGAUGAAGGACAAUUCUCAUUCAAAUUCUUCCCACAGUGUGAAGGCAUUGUGGGAGCCGCAUUCAACAUCCAGGAUAAGGACAAUUUUAUUUUAUUUGAAAUGGGCCCUUCAUUCGUGCGCCUACGGAAGAAAUUCCGAGGUGUAUACAGCACCCUGACAAAGUCCAACCUUUGGUCGUUCAAGCCGGGAUCCUGGAAUACAAUCAAAGUGUCGUUCAACAGCAGCCACAUUGUCAUAAAUGCAGGGAAUGCCACUGCAUUGCCUGUCUUCAGCAUCGGACGGACAGAUGGGUUAUCUUCUGGAACUGUCGGGCUUUCCACGUGGAGUUGUGCUGGCGUUGCCUUUUCGUCAAUCUCGCUGCAUCCAGCGAACGAAAAUGCUGUCGCGCCAGUGGUGCCAGCUCAAGAUCUUCCUGCGUUUGAACAAAUUACAAGCCUUCCAAUUGGGCUGGACAGAUGCAUAGGACUAGAAUCACUGGCCGCCAGCCUGAAGGAAUGUUCUAGUGGCAACAACAGUGGUGAAAGCGGUUUCUGUGACACCUGCUGUUCUACGGAGUUCGCGAAUUCACGAAAAGCGGAAGAGAGCUGCAGAAGACAUUGCAAAGAAAAAUCAAAAGCAGCAGGAGCCCUCGCCUGUGUAGAACUGGUGAAGAUGAAGGAGACUUGCGUUGGCGGUAGGUAA